AUGUAUGUAACUCUAAUUACCUCCAUCGAGUGGUGGGUGCCUGACCCAAGUACCCUUGGAGGUAGCCGAACACUUGACCCACCUGCCACGCACAGCGCGCGGCGACUGGCGGCGACCUACCUCGUCCUUGGGCCUCCCGUCAGGCGGGUUCCCGCUGACCGGGAGGGAACAGAAUUUAUCAAUCACUUGAACUUCGAGCAUUUUUAUGAACUGGCGAGUGUAUUAUGUAGUUUGCUGAACUUGUUGGGCUCGGUGAACACGCUGGGCUUCCAAUAUCCAUGGAGUGAAAAGCAGAGCUCAUCCUUCGCAAAACCAAAGACUGCGAUACCGGGCGGCGUGCCGUACAGCCAGCAGUACGCAGUCAGUGGUGGGCCGUGUGUGGGGUUCAGUGCAGCUCAGAAGCAGUCCUCAGCAGUCGGCAUGUUGGCGGUACGCCCCUGGCUUUUGGUGCUGGUCGCGCUCGCGGCCGGCACGGCGCGGGCCGACGACGACGUCAAAGUGUCGAUCGCGGGUGACGACGUCGUCAGCUCGGGCAUGCGCGUCUUCAUGAAGGUGUACAACGACUGCGCUCGGAAGGAGUACGGCCUGAGCGGGUGCCUCAAGAUGAAGGCCAUCACGUUUUUCGACCGGGCGGCCCGCGCCGCGCAGAUCCCGCUCGCGGACAAUCUGGUGCUGGUGAAGAAGGCCGCGGCGGUGGCGGCCACGCCCCCCGCCGGCCGGUCGCUCACCGAGGCGGACGUGGAGGCGGCGCUGCCGAGGGGCGCCGCCGACGCCGACGCCCGCGACCUGAAGCUGGACAACAUCCUGCUGGACAGCGUGGCGCGCUUCUUCAACUCGCACACCGUGCAGAUCGACUUCCCCAAGAUGGAGGGCACGCAGCUGCAGCGGGGCAUCGAAGAGGGUCGCGGCAAGAUGAAGAAGAUGAUGAACAUGAUGAUGAUGGGCGUGGCGAUGAAGCUAGCCGGCCUCAUCCCUCUGGCCAUCGCCGGCCUCUUCGUGCUGGCGGGCAAGGCCUUCAUCGUGAGCAAGAUCGCGCUCGUGCUGGCGCUCAUCAUCGCCCUCAAGAAGAUCCUCUCGCAGAAGCAGGGCGGCGGCCACGAGAUGAACCACGGCGGCUGGCAGGGUGGCGGCGGCGGCGGCGGCUGGGACCGCCGGUCCUUCGACGCCCACGACAUGGCCUUCCGCGGGCAGAAGCCCGUCGCCGCAUAG